AAAUGAGUUGUCAGACUGGACCCAGAGGGAAAAUGCCUCCAAUUCCUUUGAUCAGGAGCUGCACCAGUUUCAGGGCCCUCUCUCCUCUAGAAGGGUUGCUAGAAGGGAAUGGGAUGAAUUGUCAGGUGAACCAAAUUGACUUUUCAGUCAUCACUCGGUAAUCAGUAACUUCCCGUUGUCACUUUUUUGGUCGUUAAACCUUCGUUCAUCAUAAUGUGGUGAUAAUUAUAAGCAACUCUACUAAUGAUAAUAACAAUUCGACUGGAUGAAGACAGAAAAACAGCCUAAACUCGAUUUGAAAGCAUAAUGAAGAAACAGUGCAGUAGGCCUACUGACCCCAUACUAGGCUUAUGGCAUCGUUUGGAAGGCGAUUGAUCGUCGGACAGGUGAGGUGGUGGCUGUGAAGAAAAUCUUUGAUGCCUUCAGGAAUGAGACAGAUGCACAACGCACUUUCAGAGAGAUUGUCUUCCUGCUGGAGUUCUCCUCACAUCCUAAUGUUAUCCGACUACUCAAUGUGAUGAGGGCAGACAACAACAAGGACAUCUACCUCGUGUUUCAGUUCAUGGAAACUGACCUGCAUAAUGUCAUCAAGAAAGGCAAUGUUUUAGAAGAUAUUCACCGACGUUACAUUAUGUAUCAGCUCUUCCGAGCUGCUCGUUACCUACACUCAGGCUCUGUCAUACACAGAGAUCUCAAACCAUCUAACCUUCUGUUAGACAGUGACUGUCGCGUUAAGGUUGCAGACUUUGGACUUGCACGUUCCGUAGAGCCGUGUGCACGUGUUGAACCUCAAGGUGACCCUACACUGACAAAUUAUGUUGCGACAAGAUGGUAUCGUGCUCCUGAAAUUUUGCUGAAUUCAAAAAGAUAUACUUUAGGAGUGGACAUGUGGAGCCUUGGAUGCAUUCUUGGAGAAAUGCUGCUUGGUAAACCAAUGUUUCCUGGUUCCUCGACACUUGACCAAAUUGAGAGAAUUAUGUCAAUUAUAUCUCCUCCGUCCAGAGAAGAUCUCCAUCUUGUUUCAUCCCAGUACGCCUCUACACUGCUCAGUAAACCCCAUGGAGGUCGAACCCCCAAGCCACUCAAAGAUGUACUGGCAGGUGCACCCAACGAUGCCAUAGAUUUGAUUGAAAAGUUGCUGGUAUUUAGUCCUGAUAAAAGACUAACAGCAGAGCAAGCUCUGAAGCACCCUUAUGUUGCAAGAUUUCACAAUGUUGCUAAUGAGCCUUGCCUGGAGCAUGCAGUGGUGCCUUGUAUUCGUGAUGAUGUGCAGCUUAGUGUUGAUAUCUACCGAAACAAAUUGUAUGAAUUAAUUGCCUCUAGAAAAACUCGUUUAAAGAAUUCAUCGAGUAGUGAGCGGGCUAAUGGUGUCUACAGUUCAAGAAGCAAUACCAGUCAGGCAAAUGUUGCUCACAACUCAAAAGAUCACAGCAGCUCACAAUCUAAGUAUAAUAACCAAAAUAAUACUUCAAAUUCUCAAAAUACAAAUCACCUCACCCCAAUAAGAGGUACACAGACCUUUCAAACAAAUCAGCCCAUUAAAGUAAAAGUUGUUGCACGCAAGCUAGAUAGACACUCCGUGGGUAACUUUGAAGAAUGUGCUCGCCAGUCCUCAAAAGAUAGUGAUAAAUCUUCAGCCAAAUCAUCAGCUAAAUCAUCAUGUAGCUCUAGUCCAGCCAGCAAUGGUCGUCACAAGUCUAUAUCUCCUGUAAUCUCGAAGCCUGCAGAGUUAACACCAGAGAAAAGACGUGAAAGAACCUACAGUCAGCAUCCUACAGAUGUAUCGCAAAAGCAUCGGAGUCUUGAAGGAGUUAAUGCCAUGGGUGGGGUAGUGCCUGUAGCAAGAUCAGGAGGAGUGACAGUGACAGUUGGUGGGGGAGGUGGGUCAGGUGAGAAGCGUGGGCCUUUCACUAGGUCUGUAUCCCUCACCUUCCCUGCUGCAAAUGAGGGUUCACCCACCAAGGUUAUUACUAGUUAUAACAAACAAGCAUCACUUCAAAAAAUAAGUCCCACUAAAAUGCCUUCAACAGCUGUCUCACCAGUCAGUAGACACACACACACCAACAUUUUUGGGCAUGAAGCAGUGUACAGAUCUCCAACAAAAUACUCCACUACAGUUUAUAGUACCAAGCCCUCGCAUCCUUUAUUUGCUACAUAUUCACAACAUGCGACGAUAUCAUCGGCAGCUUACAGGGAGCUACGCCAAGGGGUAAAAUGAAAUAUAAGUGAGAGAAAUGGUGAAAUUGUGAGAGAAAACUUGAGUAGUUGUCAGCAUAAUGAUUAGGAAAAUGUUCAGCUGUGUAUGGCAAAAAGGGAAAAUUGUGUAUCACAUUUAGUAAAAUCAGGAGGGAAAAUUCAAGCAAUGAUAAAGAUUUUGAUGAUAUUUGGAGAUGCAGCUUAUAUGACAAGAGUGUUAAAAUUUGGUAUAUAGUAUUGCUAUUUUAUAAACAUACAGGUAAACUAAUGGUUUUACAAAGUCAUUUAGUACACAAGGUUUGACAAGGUUAAGGAUCCCUAGCUUUAUUGACAAGCUAUUUACAAGUUAAGGAUUCCUAACUUUAUUGGCAAGCUAAGAGCUGUUACCUACAUCAGCUCAUUUGAAAGCAUUUUUAUUGUUAUGAGACAUACAAGUAGGGAACAGGAUGAAGUUGGAGUCAUCUGUGGGCCAGCAUUUUCAUUUGAUCAACUGACUUUAUCUCGUUGACAUCAUUAUGUUGUACGAAUGUGUUCCAUACUCGAGUCAUCCUGGGUAUAUAUGAUCUCAGAUGGAGUGAUGUUCUGGAGAAGUAUACAGCCAGAGUGAAGUUGCUGCUUUCUGCCCAUCUUGUGGCAUAAAAGCUUGUUUCACACUGUCCUCGAAGUGGAUCCAAGUGUGGUACUUUGACAAUAUUGGCCUUGUACAUAAUAGUAAGGCCACCCACAUCCCUCCUAUGUUGAAGGCUCUGCUGAAAUGACAGAUCUAUCCAGGAUGGGUCCAGGCGAGAGAUGAGACGUCUUGCUCUGUUCUCUACUCUGUCAAGCAGUCGCAGAUGAGAGGGGGGGCAGGCAAACCAAGAAAGUGGAGCAUACUCAAGGUGUGAGCGUACUUGUGCCUCGUACAGGAUCUUGC